GGGAAUAAGGACUGGUACACACUUGUCCCAAGCUUUACAUCCGUUGCGAAUCACUGAUGAAUAAGUAUUCAGUUUUAACACUGUACAGCAACGUCACAACUGACUGUGAAGUUAGACUGACUAAAACAAAGAUCCCUUGGACUGUACUCUCCAUCUCCAUACUAACUACUCAAUUGCGUCAUUGUUUUGAAGAUCAAUAUUUCCGAAGAAAUAACUUUAUUUGCUGGCUUGCAGUUAGAAUGAAGCUUUUUCUGCACAACAUACUUACUUCUCGUGUCUUAAAGUCUGUGAAAGUGGGGUAUCCACUAAAAUUGAAAGCCAACGCAUUAAAGGUAUCAACAGUUGAUUAUGACCCUGCAUCAGUUGCUCGUUUGAUUCCGAAAGUUGAGUGGUCUGUUGUGAAGUCAGUAGCAGAUGAAAUUGGUGAAGAAUACAUUCCUUGUUUGCCAGAAGAAGUCCCGGCUAAUUAUUCGGAAAACGAAGAAUUCUUAAAAUUGGCACACCGAGCACUUCUUGAAGUCGACGUAAUGGAGGGUCUACUGGUUUGCCCAGAAACUGGUCGAGAGUUUACCAUCUCAAACGGAAUUCCAAACAUGUUGGUCAACGAGGGUGAAUAAGUCCAUUGUAAAAUUCCUUGUAAAUUUCUUCUGCAUAAUAAAUAUUAUAUUAUCGUUAA